UCACUAAAACACCGAACACUCUCGGCUCCGCUGCGGUCCAAUAUAGCGCAUGCGCACUGCCUCGGGACUGGGACACACAGACCGCAAUAUGGCGAGAAUGCCUGGAAGCCGUGAGCGCAGUUACAGCGACGAGCGGGAAGAGGGGAUGGGGGACCAUGAGAGGAAAGAAGAGGAGGAAGAAGCGGGAGAAGGAGAAGAGGAAGAAGAAGAAGAAGAGGAUGGAGAGAUCCAGGAGAUACAGAUCACUGGAGAUGAGGAAGGAGAGUUUGAGGAGGAGUGGGAGCACGAGGAGGAAAGAGGGGUGCCUGACAGUUGCGCAUCAGACCAGACCGAGGAAGACUCGGUCGUUAUGCGCAAUACGGACCGGCACGGCGGGGGCGAACUGGAGGAAGAGGAGGACGUCACAGCCGCGGGGAUGGACUCCGACCGCUCUCGUCUGAGUGAAAACACACGCCUGGCCACCCGGUACGCGGUCCGAAUAUUCCGCGAGUACCUGAGCGAGAAAUCGCAGAGUCCGGACUUUGAGAGCAUGGACAAGGAGUCUCUGUGUCGCGUGCUGCGCUCCUUCUACGCAGAGGCGCGCUCCAAGAGCGGGCAGCUCUACAGCAAGUCCUCGCUCAUCAGCAUUCGUAGUUCUCUCAACCGGUACCUGAAUGAACCACCUUAUUGUCGCGCACUGGACCUCACCAAGGACCCCGAGUUACGGGGUGCGAACCUGACGCUUGCCGCUGUCAUCAGGAAACUCGAGGAACAGGGUGCCGGUCCGGUGGUGCAGAAACAGGCGAUAACGCGCGCUGACCUGAGGAAACUCUAUACCUCUCCCGUGUUCUGCGCCAGCUCACCCUUUGGGCUGCUCAAUAAAGUGUGGUUCGAAACCUGCAUGUACUUCUGCACGCGCGGACGUGAGAAUCAGCGCGAAUUGGAAGAGGACUCCUUCGGGCUCGCGAUGGAUGAAGAUGGGCGAAAGUUUGUGUACUUCAAAGCGCUCGGUCCUUACCAUAAAUCGCGCUCUGCGUCUUGGACUAAAAAAAGAUCUGAUUCGGACGAGGACAAUCUCCCCCGUAUGUACGAAACUGGAACAGAGUUUUGCCCGUAUGCCAGUUUUGUUAAAUACCUCGCUAAACGGAACCCGCUGUGCAAGGCAUUUUUCCAGCGUCCGCGGGAUCACUGUGGGGAGAGAGACGCGACCUGGUACGAGAACAAAGCGAUUGGCAAGAAUCUGCUUGGCACCAGGAUGCAGAUGCUGUCGCGUGCGGCCAAACUGUCCAAGACCUACACUAACCACUGCAUCGGCGCCGUCUCCAUAGCAACGCUGAAUAGCAUCGCCGGCAUUGGGUCAAAGUUAGCUCCCUCGCUGCGCAUCCCACCGGAAACGGUCCAGCUACUGCUGCCGUAUGUGCAGCACGUGGAGGAGGAGGAUGCAAUUGCACUCAAACCGCAGAGAGCGAACAAACGCCCGAGGACUCUAGUCUAUCCGAUAAAUGCGGCAGAAACAGAGGCUUCGCCACCGAAACAGCGGCACGAGGACACUCCGGCCAUAAAAACUGCGGCGGACUCCGCUCCGCAGCUGGCUGCACACGAUCAGAACAGUCAGGCAGCCUCCCCUGCUGUAGCGCCUCCAGCGCAGGACACUCACCACAGCAGCAUGUCAGGUCGCCCCCUGCUUGUACAGUCACCUGCCUCCCCUAUCGGUUGCCAUGGGAUACCCACGCCAGCUCAGCUCAGCAAAACCAAUGCACCGGUCCAUAUCGAUGUGGGAGGCCAUAUGUACACCAGCAGUCUCGCCACACUGACCAAGUACCCAGAGUCAAGGAUUGGUCGUUUGUUUGACGGUUCCGAGCCCAUUGUGUUGGACAGUCUGAAGCAACACUACUUCAUUGACCGCGACGGCCUCAUGUUCCGCUACAUCCUCAACUUCCUGCGUACCUCUAAACUCCUCCUCCCAGAUGAUUUUAAGGACUUAGCGCUGCUCUACGAGGAGGUGAAGUACUUCCAGCUGGACCCCAUGCAGACGGAGCUGGAUCGCUGGCGUGGGGAGCGCGAGGCCGGCCGGGCGUCCCGGGCCUGCGAGUGCGUGGCGGUGCGCGUGACGCCCGAGCUGGGCGAGCGCAUUGCGCUGAGCGGCGAGCGGAGCCUGGUGGAGGACGUCUUCCCCGAGGUGGGCGACGUCAUGUGCGAGGCGCUGAGCGCGGGCUGGAACCAGGACCACACCCACGUCAUCCGCUUCCCCCUCAACGGCUACUGCCAGCUCAACUCAGUACAAGUGCUGGAGCGACUCCAGCAGAGAGGCUUUGAGAUCGUGGGCUCGUGUGGCGGGGGCGUGGACUCAUCCCAGUUCAGCGAAUACGUCCUGAGGCGUGAGGUCGGGCGAAGCCCUCGCGGGGUCACCUCCGUCAUCUGCAUCAAGCAGGAGCCCCUCAACUAGAACCAGGGGUCACUGGAUGUGACCUACCAUCUAAACAUGGAUGCUCUGUUUGGAGGACCACAUAAUCGACUCACUGAAUAACUGCACCACUGCAGACUGAAACUGUGUCAGAGAGCUCUUUUGAGGGCAAACGCCUCCAGCCAAUUUUUAAAAAACGAAAGUUUGUUUUAAAACUUCACAGAGACUUUGAUCCUCAUGAAAGUGAUUGUCUUCUCGGGUAGAAGAAAGAAUGGUAGAAACUAAUAUGAGCAUCUAUUAUGAAGAAGCAAUGAAUCAGUGACAACUCACAUGUUUAUAUAGGAUAUCAUGUCAAAAUGACUUCAAGUAGCGUAUGAACCACAUUCUUGAAAUGUUUGAAUGAAUUACAUAAUCUGUGUCAUCUUUUCAUUGGCAGCUACUUCAUCUCUACUACUACUACCACUACUACUACAACAACACACACACACACACAAUAAGGAGAUACUUCAGGUCAGUUGUGUUUUAUCUGGUGCCACUCAGAAAGAUAAAAAACAUGUGACGUUUGCAAUAAUGCAGAGUUCACAACACGAUUGUCUUUGCCAUGUUUGUUUCUGCCAGUGUCAGUGGUCAUAUCCAAGAAGAGAAAGAGAGUUCUACAACCUAACUUCCCACACACACACAGCCAUGUACAACAAGUGUCUGUGAAAUGACAGCUGGCAGGACAGAAACAACCACCACUGAAUGGAAGUUUCUGCAUAUUUUCCCCAACAGGUCUAUAGGCCUAUUUGUUUGUUCAUAGUGGACAAAGACCUUUAUUCUGGCUCACCUGUAAUUGUGAUCUGAUUUCUGGAGAAGAGUCAAUGCAGGGUUCAUAGAUGUUUAUGAAAUUCUGGCAAGUAUAAUGUAAGGCAAUGCAAACUCAAAAAAGUACAGUCUUUGGCACUUAACUCAUGGCUCAUUCUAUGGACUUUUCAUAAACGGCACAUUAUUUGAAUCAAACCGUUCCUGCAAGACCAUACUUACAAGACAAAAUAAGAGUUAAAAUCUACCAGACCUUAAUCAUGACGAAUGUAAUUUGAU